AUGGUGGCAGUCCAUCUAUCUUUGCUGUGGUGCCUACUGGUGCUGGACUGUUUGCUAGGCUAUGGUGCUCCAGAUCCAGGCCCAGGCCCAGGCCCAGACCCAGGCGAGGUGUUCCUGUCAGGCCAGGCAGCCGAUACAGUGCUGAGGAGACAGAGACGCUCCAACACUGGCCUGUUUGAAGAACUUCUGAAAGGCAAUCUGGAGAGGGAGUGUCUGGAGGAGCGGUGUGACCUGGAGGAAGCCAGAGAAGUCUUUGAGAACGACGAGAAGACGAUGGCGUUUUGGGCCGGCUAUGCAGAUGGGGACCAGUGUAGGUCUCAGCCCUGUCAGCACCAGGGAUCCUGUAGAGACAUGCUGGCCUCCUACGCCUGCUUAUGUCAGCCAGGCUUCACCGGCAAGAACUGUGAGAUAGUGACGGACAGACAGUGUGAGAUGAACAACGGAGGCUGCCGCCACUUCUGCCGGUCUGUGGGCACAGCCGGGGCCCAGUGCCACUGUGCAGAUGGGUACAAGCUGGCAGAGGACAGGCAAACCUGUCUACCUGAAGUGGAGUUCCCAUGUGGCAGAGAUGCACGGAUGGUGUCUACCAGAUCUCUACUAACCAAGGGGAGCUCAGGCCUGGUGAACAUCACCACAGUGGCCCAGAUCCCUCCAGCUCCCUCCCCCACCUCAGACAGCACCACAGCCCGGCCUCCCACCACCACCACAGCCCGGCCUCCCACCACCACCACCACCACGAUAAGCCGCUCCCGGAGCAGACUGCCAAACUGGGUGUACGGCCCUGCCGAGCCCCCCCCCACAGAGCCUCACCUCACCAAGCCCCGCCCCACCAUGACGGCCUACACCAAGCCCCGCCCCACUGACAUCCUUCCCACUGAAACACUGUUUGAUAAGACUCGCAUCGUUGGGGGCUACGCAGCCAGCCCUGGGGACAUCCCCUGGCAGGUGGCGUUGGUGGUACGGUCCAGUGGUCAGUUGUUCUGUGGAGGCUCCAUCCUCAGUGAGCUGUGGGUCAUCACUGCUGCCCACUGUCUGGUCGAGGCCCAACACGGCUCUUACUUCGUCAGAGUGGGCGAGCACAAUGUGAACAGGAAGGAAGGGAGCGAGCAGGACCGGGAGGUGGCCCAGCACGUGCCCCACCCCCUCUACGACUCCACACAGAGCCUGUACAACCACGACAUCGCCCUGCUCCGCCUCCGGACCCCCAUCACCUUCUCUGCCAACGUACGGCCCGUCUGCCUGGGCCCCAAGGACUUCACAGAGAACCUGAUAAAGGAGGCUUCCCCAGCGACCGUGAGCGGCUGGGGGAGGACGCGCUUCCAGGGGGCCACGGCCAGCAUGCUGCAGUGGGUGGAGGUUCCCUUCACGGAGAGGACAGAGUGUAAGGAGAGCAGCAGCGCCCGCAUCACCCGUUACAUGUUCUGUGCCGGUUACCGAGACGUGGCAAAGGACGCCUGCCAGGGCGACAGCGGGGGGCCUCACACAAACCGUUUCCAUGACACCCAGUUCCUCACGGGCAUCGUGAGCUGGGGGGAGGAGUGUGCCAAGGAGGGGAAGUAUGGAGUGUACACCAGGGUGGCCCACUACUACCGAUGGAUACGCCAUGUCAUGCAGGUGACCAGAGGCAGCCUGUUGACAUCUGUUGACCAGUAACUAGGGGUAGUAUUCGGUUUUCAGAAAUACAUCACUCCUAUCUACGAGAAAAGCUUUCCAUGUGAUGUUACUACAGUAACAUGAAACACACAUUCCUGGUCAAACAUAAGAAAA